GGCCCAUGCUCGCUUGUGACCAGGGCCUUCUAAGUCCGCGCAAACGGUGAAACAACCGGGCCGUAUUUUUGUCACCUUCUCCAUCUGUCUCGACUCCCCGCCCGCUCGGCGCCAAUGUAUCCGCCUACUCGAUGUCUUUCGGUGCCAACAUGUCAGGCAUGUCUCCGCGUCACCUGACGAUCGUGCACGGCAUGACAGUCGCGUGGUUACUUGGUUCUGAAAAGACUCGAACCUGCCGGGCCCGUGGAUGCCACUCUAGGCCCGAUGUGCGUCAUUGCCGACACAUACAGUCCCGAGCGCGUUCGACGGUGAUGUGUUUUCAUCCUCCAGUCCCCUCGUUAUACAGUAGCGGUGACAAGCUCAGCCUGGUCCUUCUAUUAAUCCUAAGGCGGGUUCCCUCUGCGUCAUCACAUUCGGCGCGUCGGAAGCGGCCUUACCAUUUUCGGAAUCGCAUCCCGGCUUCAGUCAACUCUGCUUAUGCGAAUCUUGCCAGGUCGCACCGCUCCUCAUCAUCCACUGCAGAUUGAAAACAUGUACGGCCCGCCUCAGUCACUCUCCCUACGUAAAAUCUGGCCGUUUGCACUCCCCCUGGGGCGAACAUAAAAGCCUACCACUGAUCUCUGCUUCAUCCGGCAUCCCUCCUCAUUCAUACGUCCUUCCUCCUAUACGAACACCCUAAUGUCUUCACUCUCAGUCGCCACCGAGCACACGGUGACUGUGAACGACCACGCCGGUCUCACCCUACAAACUUCGAAGGAGCAGUCUGGUUUGACAGGCAUAUCCAAUGGCGUGGACAGUUCCUUUUCCGCUCCCACUGAAAAGUCUGCCGAAUUGGAAGAGGAAGAAAUUGUGUAUCCCUCUGGGCUAAGGCUCGGAUUGCUGACGAUCGCCCUGUGUUUGAGUGUGUUCCUGGUCGCUCUGGACAAUACGAUCAUCGCGACCGCUAUUCCCAAGAUCACAGACCAAUUCAAGUCGCUGAACGACGUGGGGUGGUAUGGUUCUGCAUAUCAACUCGUUCGUGCACAACUCCUUUUCUGUGGCUCCUUGAUUGAACUCAUUGGACUUAUCAGACCACUGCCGCUACACAAUUGCUCUUUGGAAAGUUCUACACGUUCAUGCCAGUCAAGUGGGUAUUCAUCACGGCUAUUCUUGUCUUCGAGCUCGGCAAGAUCUGCUAUCUGUGGUGCAGCCCCGACUUCCAAUGCGCUCAUCAUCGGUCGUGCGAUCGCCGGGUUAGGCUCGGCGGGGAUCUUUUCCGGCGCCAUGAUCAUCGUCGCCAACACGGUCCCACUCGCCAGGAGGCCGAUAUACACCGGUAUCAUUGGUGGCACAUUCGGUAUCGCCAGUGUCGCUGGCCCGUUGAUGGGUGGUGUCUUCACCGACAAACUCAGUUGGCGGUGGUGUUUCCUGAUCAACCUUCCUCCUGGCGCAUUCACUCUUCUCUUCCUCACCUUCUUCUUCACCAUGCCGGGUAAGCCGCCGGUCAGGGAAGAGAUGUCCUUCAAAGACAGGUUGAUGCAAUUCGACCCGAUGGGAACCGCCAUCUUCAUCCCUGCGAUCGUCUGUCUGCUUCUCGCUCUGCAGUGGGGUGGAUCCAAGUACCCGUGGAAGGACGGCCGUGUCAUCGGUCUCUUCGUUGUGUUCGGCGUUCUCAUCUCUGCCUUCAUCGCUAUCCAGUUCUGGCAAGGUGAUCGUGCCACCAUCCCGUUGCGCAUCUUCAAGAAGCGCACCAUCUGGAGCAGCGCCUGGUACUUGUUCGCCAUCGGCUCUGGGUUCAUGAUCUUCUCGUUCUACCUCCCGAUCUACUUCCAGUCGAUCCACAACGUCUCGGCUGUCAACUCGGGCAUCUCCACCCUGCCCAUGAUCCUGUCUCUCGUUUUCGCCUCUAUUUCGGUCGGCGUAGUCAUCGCUCAAGUGGGAUACUACGCCCCGUUCAUGAUUGCCUCGACCAUCAUCGCCAGUGUCGGCGCGGGACUGAUCACCACUCUCGGCGUGUCCUCGGGCCACACGAAAUGGAUCCCAUACCAGGUCAUCUUUGGGUUGGGUCUUGGUCUCGGAUUGCAGCAGCCCUCGCUGGCUGUCCAAACCGUGCUGGAUAUGAUCGACGUUCCAUCUGGCACAGCAAUCAUUAUGUUCUCGCAGACCCUCGGUGGCGCGCUGUUCAUCUCUGUUGGCCAGAACGUGUUCACCAACCAGCUCGUGAGCGGACUGGCCAAGUACGCGGCGGGCCUCGACCCCAACGUCGUUCUUUCCGCGGGCGCCACUUCCCUGCGCUCGAAUGUUCCUGCUGACAAGCUUGCCGGGGUCCUGCUUGCUUAUUCCCAUGCUCUCGACUCCGCCUUUUACGUCGGUGUGGCUAUGACGGGGCUGUCCAUCAUCGGCUGCUUGUCUAUCGAGUGGAGGAGCAUCAAGGGGAAGAACAUUGAGAUGGGCAUGAUGGGUUAGAUGCCCAGCCUUUACAUGGUCGAAAUCAUCCAUUUACUCAAGCUGAUUCAUUUACAUUCGAAUUAAUUCAACGUUAUUUUGUCGUUGGCUCAGUGUCAUCUCUAUCUUAUGCAUUGAGACGAC